CUACAUGGCAUCCAACCGGAUUGGGGCUGCGAUCAAGCAGUGACCACAUAUGUUCGCCUCGCGGCUGAGCGCUCAGUCUGAGCCUUUGUUUUUCGCAUAUCAAGUCUUAAAGCUGCUUCUUCUUCAUGCCAUGCUAUGAAUAUUUUCGGCCGCUCAUGUUGGACACCACCUUGAUUUCACUGUUGGCUCGCCGAGCUCUGAAUAUUGGAAAACAAUCACGAACUGCGGCGCUGGCACUUCUCAUAUAUGAACACAUCAUUACCAUCGAGGACGAGGUUGAUCUCAUCUGGUUGAGGAGGAAAAGUUGGGUGACAUAUCUCUAUCAUUUUAACCGCUGGCUUCCAGCGUUAUGGCUUACAUUUGACAUGAUACGACAAAGCCCAACAAAAGUGGUGUCAUCCAAAUUGUGUCACUUACAUGUUGUGCAACAAUAUCAUUGCACUCCUUAUGACCAUCUCUGUUCAAAGUAAGUAUACAACCCAUGCACAAUUGUUGCCCAUUGAACCUUCAUUUGCACCAGCAAUCCUGCAGCUUAGAGGGAG